AUGAUUGCCAUUCAAAUCGCCCGCCCGACCAUCCGGCAUUUCUCUGUGCACCGUCCUCGACCAGACACUCGCACCUCCCGCUUCAUCACCAGCUCGUGUCUCUUCUCGGCGGUGGUUCUCCCCUUUGUGCCUCCAGCACUGGAAAGUUCUCGGGAAAAGAGCAAAGGCUACCCCAACCACAACAAGCCACACCCCCCACUCUGCUCGCAUGCUCGCUAG